AAGGUUGUUUUCCGGCUGGGCCUUAUGGGCCAAAAUCUUUAAAAAUGGGCCAAAUGCCCAUCAAAAGGGAAUGGGUGAACUGUGAAGUAUGACGGCAAGCUCUAUCAUCAAACCCUCGACCAAGAGCUUCAGCUCUUCUCAAGCUCGUCCAUGGCCAUGGCUUGCAUCUCCACCUUCUCCUCAAGCCCUUCCUUUGCAUUCCUUCGCUCCAGGCAUCGCCCAUCUUCUUUUCUCAACCCCAUUGCUCACUUCUCCAUCUCCUCACAAUUGUCCGAUGCAACCACAGAAGGAGGGAGUUUUUCUGGUCGUGUUGGAUUUCUAGGUCUUGGAAUUAUGGGUACUCCCAUGGCAUUGAACCUUAUUAAGGCUGGAUGUGAUGUUACAGUAUGGAACAGAACCAAGAGCAAGUGUGAUCACCUUAUCAACCAGGGGGCAAAAUAUCAAGCUUCACCUGCGGAUGUUGCAUCAUCUUGCGAUGUGACCUUUGCAAUGCUUGCUGAUCCUCAAAGUGCAGUUGAUGUUGCUUGUGGAGUGAAUGGUGCUGUGAAGGGAAUGGGAUCAGGAAAAGGCUAUGUGGAUGUCUCUACAGUAGACGGUGCCACAUCUAAGUUGAUUAGUGAGAAUAUCAAAGAAACAGGGGCAUCAUUUCUAGAGGCUCCAGUUUCAGGCUCCAAAAAGCCCGCAGAAGAUGGUCAGCUGAUAUUCCUUACUGCAGGUGAUGCAUCUCUAUUUGAAACUGUGGCACCACUACUAGAUAUCAUGGGGAAGUCAAAAUUUUACCUUGGAGAUGUUGGAAAUGGAGCAGCAAUGAAACUUGUUGUCAACAUGAUCAUGGGAAGCAUGAUGGCUUCAUUUUCCGAAGGGCUGUUGCUUGGUGAGAAAGUAGGGCUCGACCCUAAGGUUCUCGUAGAGGUAGUUUCACAGGGUGCCAUAAGUGCGCCAAUGUUCUCCAUGAAAGGACCUUCAAUGGUUCAGGCUAAAUACCCGACUGCGUUUCCUUUAAAGCAUCAGCAAAAGGAUCUCAGGCUUGCUCUAGGAUUAGCUGAAUCAGUGUCCCAGCCAAUUCCUAUUGCAGCUGCUGCUAAUGAGCUCUACAAAGCUGCUAAAUCUCAUGGCCUUAGUGACCAAGACUUCUCAGCAGUGAUUGAAGCUCUCAAAAUCAAUUUGUGACCAUCUUGACAAAUCAAUUAAUCAAUCAAUUUUCUUUUGUUUCA